UUGAAAAGACGUGCUUACCGUCCAUCAUAAUAUUUAGUAUUGUGAUUCCUAAAUUUACCUGGGAAUAUCCAUUUGAGGAACAAAAUACAAAAUUGUUACCUUUUUUUAUUGACGAUUCUAUGAGUAUUGAUGUCCCUACCAUGAAAGCUAAAGUUCGCAUUGAUCUAACUUAUGCAAAGACCCAUAACGCUGAGUUGGUAAACAUACCUUAUAAUGUAAAUGGUUUUUCUAUGCUAAUUAUUAUGCCUUAUAAAGCGAGUGAACUGUCUAUUGUUGAGAACGAACUUGAUAAAAUAAUUUCUAAUUUUACAAAAAGAGAAGGAGCUACCUAUUUGCUUCUUUUGCCAAAGUUCAAGAUUGAUCAAAAGUUGGAUUUGGAAAUUUCUUUAAAAGAGUUGGGCUUGUAUAAUCUAUUUUUGGAAAAAGCCGACUUGAGUGGAAUUACAUGUGAAAAAUCUGUAGUCUUGAACAGCAUUUUUCAAAAUUGCUUUGUGAAUAUCGUGGAAGCCGGUUCAGAACCCUCAUCUACAGUGUUUUCAAAUUUAAACAGUGAAACCAGUCAUUACGUUAAUCCACCAGAAUUUCAUGUAAAUAAACCAUUCAUAUUUAUGAUUAUGUACUACGAUAUAAGUGUCAUUGUUGGAAAAGUUAUCAAUCCUCUCAACUGAGCUAAGUGGUGCAUUCAUGGAACACUUAACAACAUCAAAAAUUAACUUUGACGGUAAGGUAAAUGCUGGGGAGGUCGUCGCAUGGGUAAGUAGUCAAACCAUAUAUUUUUCAAAAUCAAUAUAUUUUGUAUAUUUGUAUCAAUACAUUUUGCGCUAUUACCUAAUUGCACGCAUUGUGCGAUUUUUAAAUUGUGACGUGCAUUUGCUCAGAAAAUCGAAUCUUCUGAAGAACGGCAGGUACGUUUUAAGAAUUCUUUUGUUAAAAUUAUUUCAUGUUUAUAAAAUUACAGUUUUUUUAUUGUUAUGAAU